AUGACGAUUAAUAAACUCUACAGCUCUUACACAUUAAAACCUGAACUUCCCGACUCCCAACCUCCUCAAACAGUUUUCGAGCCAAAAGGCGCGCCGGCCCAUCAAUAG